AGUCAACCUUGACACUCUUGUGUGUAAUGGUCUAACCGGCGUAGGUUGGAUAAAUUAUUCUGUUUUCAUUGUUGCUUUUUUUUUAAAUCGGUACAAUGCCACCGAAAAAAGCUAGUGGUGCAGCCAAAGGAGGAAAAUCGAAAGGUGGUGGCGAUGACGAUAAAGGCGGAAAAGGAGAAAAGAAAGGAUUAACCUCCGUAAAAGUUCGACAUAUUUUGUGUGAAAAACAGUCAAAAAUUCUCGAAGCAUUGGAAAAACUAAAAGCAGGACAAAAGUUUAAUGAAGUUGCUGCUGCAUACAGUGAAGAUAAAGCUAGAUCAGGAGGUGAUCUUGGAUGGAUGACAAGAGGUUCAAUGGUGGGGCCAUUUCAAGAUGCUGCUUUUGCACUGUCUACAUCUACUAUUAGCAAUCCAAUAUACACAGAUCCUCCAGUAAAAACCAAGCAUGGUUAUCACAUAAUCAUGGUAGAGGGGAAAAAAUGAUUUAAAUAAGCUUAUUGUACAUAUUUUUAUCAAUUUUGUUUAAUAAAACUUUGUUUACACAACAAAAGGUUUUAACAAUUAG